GGGUCGGAGCGUCCCCCCCAGGUCUGCGGGCGCCCAGGAGGAGGGGCAGGUGGAGAGAAGGGGCUCGCUUUCUCCCUCUCCCUCUCUCUCCUCUCUCUCUUUCUUUAAUUCGCCUGCUUUGCAGAGCUGCCUGGUGGCCGCCGCUUUCCAAGUGGAAAUAGACAGCAGUGAGCAGGGGGGUCCCCGAAAGGUGCCGCGCCGCCGCUGCUGUUGUUCACUUGCGGGGCCUUGUCGGGGGGUUUUGUUAUUUUUGUCCUCGUACCUCGGUGAACUUUUCCCGAAGCCCGCUCCCUUCGUUUCGGCCCCUCGGUGCCCGCUGCUGAACGGGCUGCACUUACUUGACCAUCACUGGCCUCGCGGGAUUCUCUUUUUCUUUUAAAACUGUAUUUUUUUUUUCUUUGUGCUGCAAACAAUCUUAAUAUCCAUUCAGCAGUCUUCUCCCCCCCCCCCCACAACGCCCCCCUCUGCACACACAUCGAAACCAGGGGGGCCUCUGUUGCUCUGAGAGAUUUUUUUUUUAAGUCUCUCUUUCCUCUCCUCUUCCCUCUCUCUUGUCUCUCUGUCUCCCCCUCGUCUCCCUCUCCUCUCUUUCUCUCCCCCUCCCCUUUUCGGCGUUUGUGUGUGUGUGUGUGUGUGUGUGUGUGCAUGUGCGUGUGCGCGUGUGUGCUUGUGAUUUAAACCGGAUGCAGGGCAUCUGUGCUACUUGGGUUAGUGGUUACUGACAGCGCUUUAUCCUUCAUGUGGAGAUGGGAGGGGUAGUCCUGAGGUUCUGUUUCACUUUGAUGCACCUCCCUCCCCAUAGGAGAGUGUUAACAAUUUUCAUUGUGGUUUUGAGACUUUGUCUGUGAUGAACAGGAAAAGGACACAAGGAAGCUUUGUGAGAACUCAGUUCACAACGCUGUUUGUGACAGUUAUGGUACUUUGAGAGUUUUUUUUUUUUCCUCCCAUCUUCAUCUCUGUUGCUUUCCCUUGGAGAGUUGAAAUUGAAGUCAAGUUGUUCAUAAAGAAUGUAUGAAGCUUCUCAACUUGAAACAGACCAUCAUGCAGACUUCAGAGACGGGUUCAGACACAGGUUCGACAGUGACUCUACAGACAUCUGUGGCUAGCCAAGCAGCAGUGCCUACACAGGUGGUACAGCAAGUGCCAGUCCAGCAGCAGGUGCAACAGGUCCAGACAGUUCAGCAGGUCCAACAUGUCUACCCAGCUCAGGUGCAGUAUGUGGAAGGAAGUGAUACUGUCUACACCAACGGAGCAAUCCGAACGACAACUUACCCUUACACAGAAACACAGAUGUACAGCCAGAACACUGGAGGAAACUACUUUGAUACUCAAGGAAGUUCUGCACAGGUGACUACUGUGGUGUCCUCCCACAGUAUGGUGGGCACUGGCGGCAUUCAGAUGGGCGUCACCGGAGGACAACUCAUCAGCAGCUCGGGAGGGACCUACCUGAUUGGCAACUCCAUGGAGAAUUCUGGUCACGCUGUGACACACACGACUCGGGCCUCCCCAGCGACAAUUGAAAUGGCGAUUGAGACGCUGCAAAAGUCUGACGGUCUGUCCACUCACAGAAGCUCUCUUCUCAACAGCCAUCUCCAGUGGCUGUUGGACAAUUAUGAGACAGCAGAAGGAGUGAGCCUUCCAAGAAGCACUCUGUACAACCACUAUCUUCGACACUGUCAGGAACACAAACUGGACCCAGUCAACGCUGCCUCUUUUGGAAAACUAAUAAGGUCCAUUUUUAUGGGGCUACGAACUAGGAGAUUAGGUACUAGAGGAAACUCCAAGUACCAUUACUAUGGGAUUCGUGUGAAGCCAGAUUCUCCUCUUAACCGUCUACAGGAAGAUAUGCAGUACAUGGCGAUGAGACAGCAGCCCAUGCAGCAGAAGCAAAGGUACAAGCCUAUGCAGAAAGUGGAUGGGGUUGCAGAUGGUUUCACAGGAAGUGGCCAACAGACAGGCACAUCUGUUGAGCAAACUGUAAUUGCCCAAAGUCAACAUCAUCAACAGUUUUUAGAUGCAUCUCGAGCACUUCCAGAGUUUGGAGAAGUUGAAAUCUCUUCUCUGCCAGAUGGUACUACCUUUGAGGAUAUCAAGUCACUGCAGAGUCUUUAUCGAGAGCACUGUGAGGCAAUAUUGGACGUUGUUGUGAAUCUUCAGUUUAGCCUGAUAGAAAAAUUGUGGCAAACAUUCUGGCGCUAUUCUCCCUCUACUCCAACUGACGGCACUACCAUUACUGAAUCAAGCAAUCUGAGUGAAAUAGAAAGUCGACUUCCGAAAGCAAAGCUGAUAACUCUGUGCAAACAUGAGUCUAUCCUGAAAUGGAUGUGUAACUGUGACCAUGGGAUGUACCAGGCUUUGGUGGAGAUUCUCAUCCCCGACGUCCUUAGACCCAUUCCUAGUGCCUUGACCCAAGCCAUUCGAAAUUUUGCAAAAAGCCUUGAAGGUUGGCUUUCAAAUGCCAUGAACAAUAUUCCACAGAGAAUGAUUCAAACCAAGGUUGCCGCUGUAAGUGCCUUUGCCCAGACUCUGCGAAGAUACACAUCGCUCAAUCACCUGGCCCAGGCAGCCCGCGCCGUGCUUCAGAACACUUCCCAGAUCAACCAGAUGCUCAGUGACCUCAACCGCGUUGACUUUGCCAAUGUCCAGGAGCAGGCUUCCUGGGUGUGCCAGUGUGAUGACAACAUGGUUCAGAGACUAGAGACAGACUUCAAGAUGACCCUUCAGCAGCAGAGCACUCUGGAGCAGUGGGCAGCGUGGCUGGACAAUGUGAUGAUGCAAGCGCUGAAGCCCUAUGAAGGAAGACCCAGCUUCCCCAAAGCCGCCAGGCAGUUUCUGCUCAAAUGGUCUUUCUACAGCUCAAUGGUUAUCCGGGACUUAACCUUGCGCAGUGCUGCUAGCUUUGGCUCCUUUCACCUGAUCCGGCUGCUGUAUGACGAGUACAUGUUCUACCUCGUAGAGCACCGUGUUGCUCAGGCGACGGGGGAGACACCGAUAGCAGUGAUGGGCGAGACAUACCUUGUAGAUGAAAAAUAUACUCCUAUCAUGGAACUCUUUAUAAGCAAACUUCUGAAUUUUGGUGAUUUAAAUGCUGUAUCUCCUGGAAAUCUGGAUAAAGAUGAGGGCAGUGAAGUUGAAAGUGAGAUGGAUGAAGACCUGGAUGAUUCUUCAGAGCCUCAGGCCAAAAGAGAGAAAACAGAGCUGAGCCAGGCAUUCCCAGUGGGCUGCAUGCAGCCGGUGCUGGAGAGUGGCGUGCAGCCCAGCCUCCUGAACCCCCUCCACAGCGAGCACAUCGUCACGAGUACGCAGACCAUCAGGCAGUGCAGCGCCACGGGCAACACCUACACCGCAGUCUAACGGCAGGAAAGCAGGUUUCUCCGGCUUACUUCCCCCGAUGGUACUGGGCUUAAGCUGAAAUUCUAACAAGCCUGAAGGCUGACUGUUGUCAAAAGUCUAUCUGUGCUGAACAUUACCUUUUCGGAGUUGUGAAAUGGAAUGGGUGUAUGUAUUUUUCCAGGUCUUUUUUUUUUUUUUUAACACAAAUUAUUUGCCUUUUAAUAAUAAGAGUUUCUCCCCGCCCCUUUUAGUUUCAGGUGUCAAGAAGGAUUUUUACAUUUAAUGUCAUUGUUUUUGUUUUCUCAUAAUUAAAAAGUAAUUUGCAUUUUGUAGCUUAAAAUAUUUUAUUGUUGAUUGUUAGUCUUGGUGUAUGAUUUUUAUGUGUAAGAUUUUUAAUUAGAUGCACUUCUGUGAAAUAUCAAAAGAAAUGAAUUUCUUUGAUUUACACUGGAGGCAUGCCCAUUUGGCAGCAGAUGCAUCAAACUUGCUUCUGAAAGGUGCUUUUCAUUGGACAGAACCAUAAGACACUAUUUUGAUAACAUUUUGGAGUAUGGAGAGAAUACAGAGCGUUUUUAUUAUAGUGGUAGAGGGUUGGGAAGGUCAUCUAUUUUUCUCUGAAAAAAAAUCAAGCUGUGCAUUUAUCAGUUCGGGGUAAAUGACAGAAUUGCAAGAGAUUAUGCUAAUAUGUACAUAAUUUGUGUACAUAAUUAUUAAACCACAUUAACAAUGCAAGCUUCCGUUAGACAUUGACUUUUAACUAUUAUUUACAUACCAAUUCCUCUGUUUAAAGACUACUGAUUCUGUAUUGGGACCACUGCACAGAGGCGUUCUGCUGUUAAGUGGGGCUGUUAUAGUUAGAUACUGAAACUGAAAAGAAAAAAAUGACUUGACUUUUUUUUUUUUAAGUGUAUAUGCUACUUAUACUGAGCUGGACAUACAGGAAACCAUUCCAUUUGGAUGACUUUCUUUUAUUCCAGGUCUUUUUUCUAAUAGUAGUUCAAUAUGCUGCUAUUAUAAAAGAAAAUGUAUAGAAUGCAAGGAAUGUAGCGACCUGCAUAUUGUUAUUUCCUGGUUUCUAAAGUACAUGGAUUUAAAUUUUACACAGAACCUGAAGGCAGUGUGACUGGCACACCUCACUGUUGCUGACCCCGAUUCUGUAGGAUUUGGAUAGGUGGCUGGAUGGACCAUUGCCAUUGAAGAAUGUACAUCAGGGAUCAUCGUACCUCGGCUAUUACAUGGUGCCUUAAAAACAGAACUGAGCUAAGGUUUAGUAAGGUUUAUUUUGUUCGUGUGAAUAACUCUUCAAUCCAUUUGGUAAAUUGUGCCUGUCAUGCUCAGAUUCCUGAAAUGAGGACAGGUCACAUGUUCUUCAAGGGGAAUUUAGGGGACAAUGAAGCAAAACAAAGAGACAAAAACUUCAGUUUCUCGCUGAGUGACUGUGAGUGGACUUGUCUAUGUUUUAUCCUUGGAGCUGAAUAUCACUUGAUUACAAAUCAGAUUGCUAAGGGUGUGGGCUAACAGGCUAGUUUUCAUACAAAUAUGUUACAUGAAGAUCAUGUUGUAGACCAUUCUUAUCUAGUUACAAUUCUAGAAAGCUAACAGCAUAAGCAGGUACUUAUUGAAGUGCAUCUUUUCAGUCUAAAUGUCCGUCUGUGUGUCUGGGUGUCUCUGUGUACACACGCACACACACACACCCAUAUUCUCAUACACUCACACAUGCCUUGCACGCACAUGGAGCAGGAGUCUGCUAAAGUCAGAGAUCCUUAAGGCUCAUCCCAUUUUCCGUUGCAUGACAAGCCAAGGUUCUUUUCAGUACUCAAACUAUCAACAACAACAAAAAUAGGGCACAUCCUUUCGUUUAAGUAAUUAUAAAAUUAAAUGGGUGAAAGUCAAUAAAGAAUUAAAUCAAUAAAGCCAAAAAAGGAAAGGGAAGCACAAAAUGAAAUAUGGAUCACUACUGAGGCCUAUAUUAUACUGAAGACUUCAUCUUUCCAUUUGGGUUGGGUGAGGCUUAUGGUUAAAGAAAAGAGGCAGCUCCAAUCUGGAAAGUUAAAAAUACCAAAUGGCUUAUCAGGAAAUACAGUCUAUUGAACCUGUUAUUGCCUGAUUGUCUCAACCUUCUGAAAAUCAACAGCAUUUCUUAACUAAAUGUCUUAAAUAUGAUUUUUAAUGGAUUUAGAUUUUUGUAUCAAGCAACUUAUUCAUGUUUGAGCCUUCACUGGCAUCCAAGCAUCACUUCAUUACUGAGGACCCCGAAAGGCAAUGAAUUUGCAAUCCCCUCCCCUGCAUAAUCCAUCAUAAGCUACAAAAGACCAUGGAUCUACUUCAUUGUGAGUUAGAAAAUGUUUACACAUAAAACUAAAAUCACAAAAUAGCUCACUUCAUCUUGAUUUUCCCUCUGAGGUCUUUGAGUUUCCUGUCUCUGUCUGUCGUCCCCAGAUGACAUCAUGUCUGUAUUGGACCAAAUGUAUUUACUGGUUUCACUGUGUUUGUUGGCUGAUUUUUAAUGUAUGUGUAUUAUGUUUUCAUUUAAUUUAGUGUUGGAGAUAUCAUGAGAGGAAUCUGCUAACAAUGGACAGAUGUAGAUUCAUGAGACUGAGGGACUGAUUGGCCCUCCAGAAUUCAACAUUUCUUCCAGUUGUUCAUGGUUGGUUCUAAAUUAGGACAGAGUAGAAAGUAAUAAAUAUUGUUAUGGUUGAAACUGACUCUAAAAUAUUCUGAAAUCUUUUACAAAUAUUCAGGAACAUUAAUCCUUUUACACCAGUGUAGAUAGCUCUAACCAAAACACACAAGGAAUACCUAUGGCUUGUUACUCUUCUAAUUAUUUGUAGUGCAUUGCACACACAGUCAAUUUUGGACUUGAAUUGUGAAAUCUAUUAGAAAAACAAAAACAGUAAUUUAUACGCAGGCAUAAGUUAGAACAAUCACAUUUGUUUUAGUCACCAUUUUUCUUUCCAUUUUCCUACUUGUUGAAACUGGCUUUUCUAAAUGAUAUCCGCCACUGACUGUCUCAUGGUAGACUUACUGACACAGUACUCAUUUUAAGGACUUGCUGGUAUUUCUUGGCAUUGUAAUCAAAUGCUAGUCUUGAAAUACAUGUAUACGAACCAAGUGCUGUCCUUCUAGUGAGGAAAAGGGAAGGGAGGUGCAUGAGCUAUUGGUACAUUUCAGAAGAGAUAUUUCCAUUUAAAACAACUGAGUAUCGGAGGUAUAGUUUUAUAUUGGCAAAUACUUUAAGAAUUAUAGGCAAAAGAUUUAUGCUUCCAAAACCAGUGAACAAUGGGUGGAAUGACUUCUCCUGGGAACACAGGGCCCAGUUUCUGCUUUUCCCUUUGGAUACUAAGUUACUAAUAACUUCAGGAUUUGCAUCCAAGUCACGUUUGGAUUGACUGUAUGAGUCUUACUGCCUUUUUAGAAAUCUGCGUUGUUUUUUUGUUUUUUGUUUUUUUUGUGAUUUUCCUUGUACUGUAUAGCACGGUUCAUGCACCUCUCUUUAGAUGGUGUACUUUAAAAACAGAAGUAAAAUACACAAAUGGUUUUCUCGCUGCAUACCUAAAGUUAGUAGUGUGCAACAUUAACUGCCUUUGAUUUGUGCUGUAGACGUCAGUCAGGAGUGACCACAGCUUCCAUGCUGUCACCGUGGGCCUUUCCACAUGGACACACUCUCUAGAAGUACUAAAUGCAUUUUUAGUCUUUGAAAUAUUAUUAUCAUUAUUGACAUUACUGAUAUUAUUUGAAAUGUCUAGAAUAACGCUGUGCUUAAACUAUCCAUGUAAAAGAGAACAAGUGUGUCGCUGUGAUGGUGCUCAUUGCAUGGACACAGCAGGAAGUCAAAAACUUGGCUAGUCACAUUUCUACACAAGGUAAGGCAGUGGCUAGUUACGACAGAUUGACUUCGUCAUAACCUCUCUUCCCCAAAUUCUUUUGAGCAAAUCACAACCAUCCAGAAGCUAAAAUCAGAACUUUGUUGAUCUGCGCAGAGCACAUCAGAGCCUGGGGGAGGAGGGCUGGCAUGCAGUGCUGUCAAACACUGGGCUGUGACUGGACGAGAGCGACCUCCAUGGACGCGGUAGAACAAACCCUUUAACAGAACCCUAGUACUUCUGCGACUCUGGUGAUUUUAAAAGACUGGAACUGAAGCAUGAAUUCAGUGCUUAGUUCUAGUACUAGAAAAGCCCUUUGCUGUAAUGCCUUGUAUUAACCCUUUGAGCAUUGUAAGAUAUACAAUGGGGGAUGAAAGCCUUUCAGAUCAUUUAUUUAGACUUUAAAAAAGUAAAAUAGCCUCUAUAUCCAAAUGUCUAAUUACGCUGUUUUUUAAAGGGGGGGAGGGGUCAGAAAAGAAAGUGUCUCCAUGUCGAACACUUGCAUUUUAUAUACAACUCUUAAUUUUCCUUCAAGAGGGCUUGAUAUAUUUAUUCCCAAAUAUUCACUGCCAUCUAAGUAAGUGUACUGUUUACAGAAGACAAAAUCAACUUGUCUAGCAUCACAUGACUCUCUAGAAAAGGAGAACACAUAUGUGGGCCCGUGCAGGCCUAUGUUAUAACUGAUUGCUGAUCACUGGAGGUACCUGAUUGCCUUUAAAGGGUAUGAUAAAACAAAGGGUUACAUUUCUUCUUCUUCUUUUUUUUCCCCCCAAAACAAACGAUCUCAUUUAUUUAGCUUUAGAAAGUACAAGUGUAAGCGAAGCCUUAGGAAGGAAUGAGUUCCCUUGAACACAGCUGAACUCUGAGGUACUUAGGAUCUUUGGAGUUGCAUCAAUCAUAAAAUCUUGUUUGGAAAGUCAUACAGGGCAUAAUUUUAUCUAUGCUCCAAAACAUUAAUACUUGUCAUGAGACAUAGAGAUGCAGAAUGGCGAGCAAAGCACACCCCUGCUUUAAGCUCUUCUGCCCCGCGAUGCUGUGACAGCUGCUUCAGAUAUCUCCGAAUGGCAUUCUGCUGACAACAUUGCUGAUUUCUUUGAGGGACUUUCUGGACAGUUGAUCUGGUCCUCCCCUGGGUGACAGAACAGGGAGCAGUGUUGUCCGCAGGCGUGCUCACGAUGCCCUUGCUGGGCGUGAGCAGGAGCGUACCCUAUUCUGAUGUCUGCCGACAUCCAUAGCAUAGUGCAAGUGUCCGUACAUUGCUUUUUAGGCAGUUGAGGAGGUCAGACCAUGCAAAUUACUCAUGUGUUAACUAACAUGCAAUACUCAAAGGGUUUUACUUUAGCUCUCUUCUUUUGACUCUUCAUGAUGAUUUACUGUAAAUGCUUCUCAGUUUGCAUGCCUUGCCCAUUGCUGCUAGUGAUUUUAUGUGCCAGUAGACCUGAGUUUAGUUUACCAAUUUUACUUAAAUAGUAAAAGCCACUUACAAAGUGACUGCCUAGGACUGAUUCUCCUUUUGUUUAAAGGGAUUGGUGAUACGUCUUUUUAAAAAGAAACCUUAUGUCUCUUCUAUUUGGUUUUGAUAUUUGACUCUUUUCCCCCUCUUUCCUUUGUUAUUUUCUUUUUUCUUUUUUUUCUUUUUCUUUUUAACAAAGUAUGACGUUGGGAUUGGAAGCCCUGAGUAAUGAAAUAUUUGGUAAGAACCGUUUAUGUAGCUCAAUAAUGAUGACAACAAAUCUCUGUGAGAAGUAUGAUUCUGGGGAGGAAAGCAAAAAUAAAACUCUGAUUGACUUUUGAUGACCAAGUAAAAUUUCCUUGAAUAAAUUAGCAUUUCUGAACAAACGAUUACCUUGUUUUAGCCUACCAUGCGCAAUUUUAUAUGACCCAAUAAGGAAGGUAUUAAAUUGUAUUCGUUUAAAAAGCAUCUUUUGUACCAAAGCAAAUUCUUUUCUCUGCUCAUCUCCAUCAUCGAUUUGGACCUAUGUGGCGACCAAUGAGUUGGUUCUAGAAACUUAAGCGAGUGCCUUGAGAACACUUGGGAAUUGUGCCUGAGGUGGAAAACUUUUAAUUAGGUUAACUGUAGCGCUUACCAAUCAGUAACUCACUGUCACUCAGGGCUUUCGUACCUUCUAGGUAAAACUUCUUUCAUUGUGUUUUCUUUUUCUUUUUUUUUUAAUACUGUGUUUUUUUUAAGUGCCAUCAUUUAAAUUUCACUUAGUAAGUGGCAGAUUACAUUAUUCAGUCCCACAAGCACACAAACAUAGUAACACUAGGAGAUAUUUGAGCAUUUAUUUUACAAUCGACUGAAUAUAUUAUGUAAAUGAGGUAAGCAACUUUUGUAGAGAUUGUAUGUGUGAGAUAAUGUAAUGUUCUUUUCCAGUUUUUGGACUACAGUUGAAUAAACUUUUUAAUUAUUUAAAAACA